UCAUGAAGCCAACAGCGAUCCUCUUGGCUCUCUUUCUCUUUCAUGUCUGCUCUUCAGUCCCUGUAAGCCGUCCGACCAACUGGCUCAGACAAUGUCGGGCAUCCACCAACCUCUCAGUCACAGCUCUGGAGGUGCUGCCAGGUGGAGGCUGGGACAACCUCCGGAACAUGGACAUGGGUCGAGUCAUGAACAUGAGCUACUUCCAGUGCCAGACCACCGAGGACGGGCUCUACCUCAUCCCAGAUGAAGUGUUUGUCAUCCCACACAAAGAGACGGGCGUGGAGACCAACUCUGAAAUAAUCAGUUCAUGGUUGGACCAGAAAAGCGUAACGUCUCACAGCAUAAAUGUAGACGUCUCCUUCCUUUCAGUGCUCAAUGGCAAAUUUUCUGAUGAGAACAUGAGGAUGAAAACUCAUCAGGUCCGGGAUUCUUCAACUUUGGCGAGAGUACAGGUCCGCAACUUCAUCUACACAGUUAAGGCUCACCCAGACUUCACUCUGGAUUCACGCUUCGUUCAGCAAGCCAAAGAAAUAGCUGAGGCAAUUGAAAACAACCAGACAAGGAAGGCAGACUAUCUCUCAGAGAAGAUGGUGCUGGAUUAUGGAACUCAUGUCCUCACCAGUGUCGAUGCCGGGGCUUCACUGGUGCAGGAAGACUACCUCACUUCAUCGUACGUAUCGGACACUGUGUCACAGUCUUCUUCCGUCAAAACACAGGCUGGCUUUAACUUUUUUGAUAAACUCAAGUUUGAUAUAAGCAGUCAAAGUACCCAACAGAGCUCAUCACUUCAAACAUAUCAGUCCAACAUUCAGUACUCCCUCACACAAAGCCACGGUGGCAUACCUUUUUAUCCUGGCAUCACUCUGCAGAAGUGGCAGGAAAGUACCAGGAACAACCUGGUUGCUAUUGACCGCUGGGGAUUUCCCCUUCACUACAUCAUAAACACCAACACCCUGCCUGAUCUGCCGCAGCCUACUAUCAACAAAGUGGCUCUCACUGUGAACCAGGCUGUAGAGCGCUACUAUAAGGUCAACACCCGCCCUGGAUGUGUUGACAUCGGCUCCAAGAACUUCAACUUCCAGGCCAAUAUUGAUGAUGGUUCCUGUGAAGGUCCUGCUACAAACCUUAGUUUUGGUGGCGUCUACCAAGAGUGUGUCCCAAUCAGCCCUGAUGCAGGUCCACUUUGUGAUACUCUGGCCCAGAAAAACCCAGAUACGGGCAAAUUCUCCUGCCGUUCACCUUACACCCCGACUCUUCUGAGAUCAGAAGUGAAACAGCAGAGUUACACUUCACAUGACUGCUAUGACGAAACGUAUGGUUGUGGAUUUUUUUGGCUGGAAACUUGUACGAAUCAAGUAUGUCAUGACAACAACCGUGUUCGCUCUGCUCGCAUCAACACCUACUGGUGCUCUGUAAACGGAAUAGCCCCAGAAAAUUCAGGGUUCCUCUUUGGAGGUAUGUACAGUCCCUCUCUGAUGAACCCCCUUACUAAAGCCAAAAGCUGCCCCUUAAACUUCAUUCCAGUAAAGUUCCUCUCAGAUGGCCAAAUGCUGUGCAUGAGUAAUGAUUUUGAGACUGGCACCAGGUACGCAGUCCCAUUCGGUGGUUUCUUUAGCUGUCAGUCAAGCAAUCCACUGGCAAGAAAUCAACGCAGGUGCCCUCCCAAGUUCAGUCAGCACCUUGCUGCAGUCAGCGACGGCUGUGAAAUUCUUUAUUGUGUCCAGUCUGGGUUGUUCACAGGUGGGCAGCUGCAACCGGUCCACCUGCCUCCAUUCACUAAACCUCCACUUUUAACCAUGCAAGCCACUAACACAGUAAUGGUAAUUUCUGAAGGAGAAAGAAGCUGGGUCAGAGUGGGGCAGACCAAGGCAUGGAAAAUUGCCAAACCAGAGGAAAUCAAGCAAAUUGUUGACAGUCUUAACUCAGAACGGAGUCAGAUGUCUGGUGGAAAAAAGGCAGGGAUAGUAUUUGGGGUGAUGGGCAUGAUGCUGCUGAUGGUCAUAGUGGCAGUGGUCCUGAGGAGGAGGAGGAGGAGGAGGAAUAGAAGAGGCUAUGUGAGUAUACGUGAGGGGACUGAGGGGGAGUCGCAGCAAGACGAGGCUUUAGAGACACGUUUAGCUUAGAGGCUCGGCGCCGAAGAGAUUAAUCUGCCAAAACAGAUUCUGCUGUCAACUGCCUUGUUUACUGAUACCUCAGAAAUCACUGUCAAGCCUCUUACAGAAAUGGAAAAUAUCGUUUUGUAUCAGUUUUUACAUUAUCAUCUCACAUAAAAUUUACUUUGCAAGUUAUACUAAAACUUUAUACUGAAUAAUGUGUAUUUUCUUAGAUCUGAAGGCAGUGUGACUUUAAAAUCACUAAAUGGUGAAUCAGAGGUGAUUUUAAAACUUCAAAUGAACCAUUACUGCCCUCAUGAGGCCAAGACACACAAUGGCAUUUAGCAAAUGAACAUUUUUUUUAUGAGCUUUGCAUGCUUUGUAUGAUUAGACCUACCAUUUAUAAAAUCUAUAUUUUAAUGCUGAAUAAAUGAACAUGUAACAUUUUUAUUUCAAUAUCUGCAAAGUUUGGCUCGACUGGAGUGUUUAUAACAAUUCAUGAAUCUGCUGUCAUUUUCAUAUUGUAUUCAUUUGAGGUAUGUCUCUCGUAGUGUUGGGGAUAAUAUACUGUAUUUACUAAUCAGUUUUCAUUAUUACUUUUAUUUUAAAACAAAAUAACCUGCUUCCAGUACCACCUUGACUCUUUAAAAUAUGUAACUGAGCCUCUUUCACAUCAUGACAUUUUUCUCUGUGAAGUCUUCCUAGGAUUGAGUUCCACCAAAUUUGCAAUUUGCAAUUUGCUUUGUGAUAAUACUUAAAUAAAGAACAUUGAAGAAGGA